AUGGAGAAAGGGGAAAGCGAAAAGACCGGAUACCCCCCUCCCUCAGGUGAGGAAGAGGAGGAACCCUUUGACGAAGCAGUUAAUGGAUCUGAUGUAGAAGAAAAAAAUACAGGGGUUCAUAUUUAUCCUAAUAAAAGCACCUAUGAGGGUUUUUAUGUGCAUGGAAAGAAAUCAGGAUUGGGGAAAUUGACCAAGAGGAAUGGAGAAUUUUACCAUGGCAAUUUCCAAAAUGGACAGAAGCACGGAGGAGGGUUCCAGCUAUACUCAAGUGGAGACUUCUACUACGGAGAGUGGAAGCACAACAAGAAGGACGGCCAGGGCAUUUACUUCUUUUCCUCCACCGGGCAAUACUACUUCGGCGAAUGGUGCAAGGGAAGCCUCAUCAGCGGGGCCUGGAUCAUCUCCAGCGAAGCAAAAUACCUGGGGACCUUUUUUAGGAACCUACCAAAGUUCAAAGGGAAGUUUCUGUUUGCCAACGAAUCAAAAAUUAACGUCUUUUACGAGCAGACGUUGGGUAUUUCCAGUGCGUAUGACGGGGGCGCGGAACGCGUGGGGCUACACUGGAGGUCGCUCUAG